GCAGAUCUGAGCCAGCCCCCUGUCCGACGUGCCAUUCCUCUGUUGAAGUGUGAUCACAUGAGUGUACUUCACACUGCGAUGAUGGAGAACUACAAGCUGUUUCUCGUUUUCUUCAUACUGGCGUUAGCUGUCGGGUUUGUGUCCAUUGCAUUCGUUUUAACGUGGGUUUUGCAUUAUCGAGAGGGACUCGGAUGGGACGGAGGAGCGGCGGAGUUCAACUGGCACCCGUUACUGAUGGUGAUCGGCUUGAUUUUUCUUCAAGGAAUCGCAAUUGUGGUGUACAGGCUGCCAUGGACUUGGAAGUGCAGUAAGCAGAUGAUGAAGUUCAUCCACGCAGGACUGAAUAUUCUCGCCUUCAUCCUGGCAGUCAUUUCUGUGGUGGCUGUGUUUGAUUUUCACAAUGCAAAGAAUAUUCCCAACAUGUACAGCCUGCACAGCUGGGUGGGUCUGGCUGUUGUCAUCCUCUACCCAUUACAGAUAGUUAUGGGUGUCACUGUCUACCUAAUACCAGUGGCUUCAGUGUACAUUCGUGCUGCACUAAUGCCAUUACACAUCUACAGUGGGCUCUUCAUCUUUACCAGUGUGAUCGCCACAGCUUUAAUGGGCAUCACAGAGAAACUCAUAUUUACUCUGAAAGACCCAGGUUAUAAGGACUCUCCACCAGAGGCCAUUUUGGUUAAUGUUCUUGGGCUUCUCAUUGCUACAUUUGGUGCUCUUGUCCUUUGGAUUGCUACUCGCCCGUCUUGGAAGAGGCCAAGGGAACAAAUCACACAAACCCUGCGCAGUGACAGCACAAGCCCAGAAGACAUCAAAGUGGGCACUGCCAUGAGUGCGAGAUCCGACCCAGAGUCCAGUGCUGAGACACGAAGACGAAGCGGAAAAACAGAAGAGUCUGGAUGAAACACAUUGUAAACAAGAUCUGAAACAAAUCUAUGGAUUUAAACAAAUAUCAGCAAAACAUUUUUUUCCAAACAUUAAAACUUGUUUCAAAUAUCUUCAUACAACACUAAGUAUGACCUUAUUACCAAUGUUAGCAUUUUUGUUAUUGUGGAAGUCAAAUAGAUUUUGAGUCUAUAAGGGAAUUUUAGUCUGACAACUAUGUUUGUACUGUAAUGUUUAGAAAGGUGACAUGGGGUUCUGUUUUGUAAAAUAUUUAAAGCUCGCACUUGUAUUUUUUAGGUAUUUCGAAGUAUUUGCACAAUAGCAACAUUCAACACACUGUAUUCCAUUAUUACAGUAAGAUUAAACUUUAUUAUUAAGUCAUAACCUGCAGUGUUUAUAUGAAUCAUUGUCCAUUUGUAUAAACACAAAAGUUUGUUCAAAAUGUUCACAACUGUGAUGGAUAGUGUGAUUUAAUUUGCUAUUUGAAGGGACAUUUUGCAUUUCUUUACAACUUGUACCAUUUUGUAUAUUAGCGAAGCAUAUCAAAACCCAGAUUUGUAUUUCAUUUUUAUUAGCAAAAUGAUUUAUCAUUUGACAUAGAUGCUUUAUUAACUCAAAAUCAUUAAAAGUCCACUCUAUCACAUUUGUCUUUGUGUCUUGGAUGCAGCAUCAUUUAAAAUUAAUAGUUUUCCAUUUCAGAUGCCAUUAUAGAAAUGAAGUAUUCACAAUCAUUCAUGAUUACUUUAAUUACUUUAAUCAAUGAGUGUAACAGGAAGGUUACUGAGAUUAAGCGAGUUGUAUUCGGAUGGCAGCCCCCAUUUGUGGACCCUCUUCAUGUAGAAUAAAACAGCUUUUAUAAUGUUACUGAU